GCGAAAAUAUUUGAAAAGGCGUUUCAGUGUAUUCCAUUUGAUAUAAAACCAAAAACCACCAAAAUGACUAUCAGGACAAACCACGACCGUGGACAGCAUUAUCGCCCACGAAUGGCCUGUCUAAAGAAGCUGGAGGCCUUGGUGGUGGAGAUGCAGGACGCGAAAAGUGGAGUGAAGUUUCAGGAGCAGAAGCUGGUGAUCACCACGAUCCCCCACGCCGUGACCGGUCAGGACAUCCAUGCCUGGAUCGUUACUCGUCAGAAGGUCACUGCUGAAGAGGCACUGGCUCUUGGCACCAUGCUGGUGGCCUUUGGGUAUAUCUACCCCCUGCAGAACCACAAGAAGCUCGUCCUCAAAGCUGACGCCAGUCUGUACCGAUUCCAGACCCCAUAUUUCUGGCCGGCACAGAAAUGGCCGAUGGACGACAUGAACUACGCCAUCUAUCUGGCCAAGAGAAACAUCCGUAAGAAAGGUGUCCUGGAGAUGUACGAACAGGAGCACUACAACCACCUCCACAAGUGGAUGAACCACAGAUGGGACUUCAUCGUGAUGCAGGCGAAAGAGCAAUACAAAGCGGGGAAAGAACGGAAGAAGCCGGACCGCGUGGUGUUUGAUUGCCAGGAGAGAGCCUAUUGGAUCGUCCACAAGCCUCCGUCUCGAACCUUCAGCGCCAUGGACUACGGGCUGGAUCGACUCAUUGAUCCUAACGAGGAAGAGAAAAAGACGGUCGAGUACUACCGAAGAAUCAUCAUCUUCAUUCAGCAGUACAUAAUGCGGUCCAGGACCAAGUCCACGGUGUCUCUCGGGGCACUCGUCAAGUUUACCACAACGUACAAGAACCACGACCCCUUCCUGGCCCCGUGUCUCCCUAGCAACCCCUGGCUGUCCGAGGACAGCUCAUACUGGGAGCUGAACAUGCCCAGUGCCGAAAUCCCAACCCAGAUGCGCGUGGAACGCUGGACCUUCAGCUUCUACGAGCUCCUGAAUGACCCUCGCGGGCGGGCAGACUUCUGGAAGUUUCUGAAGAAGGAGUUCAGCGGGGAGAACUUGGCCUUCUGGGAGGCCGCAGAGGAGCUGAAGUGGGGAACCGCCGCCUCCAUGAAGCAGAAGGCCGAGGAGGUUUACAAGACCUUCCUGGCCCCUGGGGCCCCCCGCUGGAUCAACAUUGACCAGAAGACCAUGGCCAUCACGGUGAAGGGCCUGGAGCAUCCGCACCGCUACGUCCUGGAUGCCGCGCAGACCCACAUCUUCAUGCUCAUGAAAAAGGACACGUUUGGACGCUACCUGAAGUCUCCUGUGUUCAAGGACACGCAGAAAAAAGCUCAGAGCCCAGCGGCGCACAACUACAGCGAUGCGCAGGUGGAGCAGAACGCCCGAAACCGCCGGCCCGGGAUCCAUCCCAUAAUCCUCCAGCAGGCGGCGGACGAGGAGAAGGCCAAGCUGGCGGCCGCCACCGCCGCCGUCGACAUCAAAAAGGUCAUGAGCAAGCUGGACCGCAACAGGAACGCGGCCGCGGACGCCCCACCCCCGGCCACGCCCGGGAGAGAUCGCCGGGGAAACGGCGGCACGCCCUCGGCCCCGCCCGCCCCUCAGGUGACGGAGGCUUCCGGCCCGGGCGGCGAGGGGGCGGGGCCUUGGGGAGAGUUCCGGAAGCCGGGCCACAGGCGGCGCAUGACCCUGCACCACUCGGCCACGCCCAGAAGCCCCCCCCCGCAGCCCGCGUGCCCCCCCGCUGAGGGCGGGUGUGUCCAGCGUCCGGGCCGCCAAUCCGGCCACAAGCCACGCCCCCGGCCCAGGACCAUAGCCCUAUUCUUCCCGGACGGGGAGGACGACGCCUCGGAAAGCCUGGUGCACCUGCAGGAAGAGGAGCGUGGCGAAGCCGCCGGCGUCACCAUGCAGGAGAUGGUGUGUCCCUGGGAGUGCGCCACCGCGCAGAGCUCACACUGA